GCGGGCGCGCGGCGGCAUGAAGACGAGCCGCCGCGGCCGAGCGCUCCUGGCCGUGGCCCUGAACCUGCUGGCGCUGCUCUUCGCCACCACCGCCUUCCUCACCACGCACUGGUGCCAGGGCACGCAGCGGGUGCCCAAGCCGGGCUGCGGCCAGGGCGGCCACGCCAACUGCCCCAACUCGGGCGCCAACGCCACGGCCAACGGCACGGCCGCCCCCGCCGCCGCCGCCCCGGGGAGCGGCCCCCCGGGCGCCGCGCUCUACAGCUGGGAGACGGGCGACGACCGCUUCCAGCUCCGGCGCUUCCACACCGGCAUCUGGUACUCGUGCGAGGAGCAGCUCGGCGGCCCGGGUGAGACCUGUCGCAGCUUCAUUGACCUGGCCCCAGCGUCAGAGAAAGGGGUCCUGUGGCUGUCGGUGGUCUCUGAGGUGCUGUACAUCCUCCUGCUGGUGGUCGGCUUCAGCCUCAUGUGCCUCGAGCUCUUCCACUCCAGCAAUGUCAUCGAUGGGCUCAAGCUCAACGCCUUCGCAGCCGUGUUCACGGUGCUCUCAGGCCUCCUGGGCAUGGUGGCCCACAUGAUGUACACGCAGGUGUUCCAGGUCACCGUGAGCCUCGGCCCUGAGGACUGGAGACCCCACUCCUGGGACUACGGGUGGUCUUUCUGCCUAGCCUGGGGGUCCUUUACUUGCUGCAUGGCGGCCUCGGUCACCACACUCAACUCCUACACCAAGACGGUCAUUGAGUUCCGGCACAAGCGCAAGGUCUUCGAGCAGGGGUACCGGGAGGAGCCGACCUUCAUAGAGCCCGAGGCCAUCAAGUACUUCCGGGAGAGGAUCGAGAAGGGGGAUGGGGAUGAGGAGGAGGACCUCCACAUGGACUGUCGCAGAGAGAGAUACCCUACUCGGCACCAGCCUCACCUGGGCGACUCCUGGCCCCGGAGCUCCACCCAUCAGCCUCAUCUGGGUGACUCCUGGCCCCGAAGUGCAGCACAGGAGGCUCAAGAGCUGAACCGCCAGUGCUGGGUCCUGGGCCACUGGGUGUGAGCAAGCCCCAGCCCGGCCCCCAGACUCAGGCUGCAGACCAGCAGUCUGGCACCCGAGGAUCUGGCCUGUGUGCUGUG